AUGGAUCCUUAUACUCUACUGAAUCCUAUCAAUGCCGAUGAACUUUUUAGAAGAUUAAAUGCUGAGAUCAAUACACCAUACUUAAUUAAAUCGGAUAAUAUUAUUUAUGUAAGUGAUGACCGAUUAUUUAUUGAGAAUCUUUUAGUAAUAGCAACAGACAAAGACAAAAAAGAAGUAACAGUAGAAGACAACUGGAUUAGAUAUUUAAGAAAAGUUUUGAAUGAUAAUAACAAAAUUUCGGUUCCCUCAUAUAAAAAAGACAUUAAGGAAUUCAUAAAAACUGUUGACAAAGAAAAACUUCUUCAAGGAAGGAAGAUAUAUGUAUAUGAUGACGAUUGGUCUUUAAUAAAAUGGGAAUUAGAUUGUAAGAAUAUUAUGUUUACACUUAAGGCAUACGAACUUGAUCCAAAAAAAUCCGGAGAAUCUAAAGAAUAUAGGCGGAUUCCAGUACAUCAA